CCUGGGAGCACAGAAGCAAGAGAAGAAUGAAAAAACAAAUCAUACUUUUCAUUUUAGGGUUCUUCUUUCUGGAUGGGCUGCUCCAAUGCAUGGCUCUAAAGAAAAAUUAUACGUUUGUUCUUAAAGAAACGAAUUUUACAAGGCUGUGUAGCACGAAAAGCAUGUUGACUGUAAAUGGCAAAUUCCCAGGACCAACCAUAAAGGUUCGCAAGGGCGAUACCAUUUUUGUUAAUGUCAUAAAUCAAGGAGACUAUGGUAUCACAAUUCACUGGCAUGGAGUUAAUCAACCAAGGAAUCCAUGGUCAGAUGGUCCUGAAAACGUAACACAAUGUCCAAUUAAACCAGGAGCCAACUUCACUUAUGAGAUCGUUUUUUCCAAUGAAGAAGGAACACUCUGGUGGCAUGCGCACAGUGACUGGACUCGAGUUUCCGUUCACGGGGCUAUUAUUAUUUUACCAGCUCCUGGAAAAAGUUAUCCAUUUCCUAGGCCUCAUAAGCAAGAAACCAUCAUACUUGGAUCCUGGUACAAGCUAGACGUGCCGAAAAUGCUUGCUAAUGUCCUGAAGGGCGUACUUCCAAAUGUUUCAGAUGCUUAUACCAUCAACGGCCAACCAGGGGACUUGUACAAUUGCUCCAAAGAUUCAACGUAUCGCCUAAAAGUUAAAUUUGGCAAGACCUAUCUUCUUCGCAUUGUCAACGCUGGGAUGAAUGAAGAAACCUUUUUCGGAAUUGCGAACCACAGCCUCACUGUUGUUGGGCAGGAUGGAGCAUACGUAAAACCUAUAACAACCGACUACAUUUUGAUAACUCCUGGACAAACAAUGGACGUUUUGUUCACAGCAAACAAAAAUCUUAGCCAUUAUUACAUGGCUGCUAGCCCAUACUUUGAUAGUACUGCCGCUUUUGACAACACCACCACCACAGCGAUCGUUGAGUACUAUGACGGCAAACAAACUCCUCCUCCUACUCCUUUCUUCCCAAACCUUCCUUUUUACAAUGAUACAAAUGCUGCAACAAACUUUACUAACCGCGUAAGGAGCCUAGCAACUGACGCAUAUCCGGCCAAUGUCCCCAAAAAUAUCGCAACACAAUUGUAUAUUACAAUUGCUGUAAAUCGUAUUUUGUGCCCCGACAACUCGUGCCUUUCUCCAACUGGUGAUGCAUUUAUCGAUAAUAAGGAAGCUGCAAGCUUAAACAAUGUUAGUUUUGCGACUCCUCAAGUUAGUAUACUUGAAGCAUACUACAGUGGGUUGAGCAACGUUUUCGUUGGAGAUUUCCCAAGUCAACCUUCCAAUUUCUUUAACUUUACUGGUGAUGUUUCGGAUGUAUCACAAUUCACCACCCGCGGGACAAAAGCGAGGUUUAUAAAUUAUGGUGAAGCAGUAGAAAUUGUGUUCCAAGGAACUAAUAUCCAGGUCCCGGAAACCCAUCCUUUGCAUUUACAUGGUUACAGCUUCUUUGUAGUGGGAACAGGUUUUGGGAAUUUCAACAAUGAGACAGAUCCUUUAUCUUAUAAUUUGAUUGACCCACCGGAACUCAACACUGUGAACGUUCCAAAGAACGGAUGGACAGCGGUUCGAUUUUUUGCCAAUAAUCCUGGCGUGUGGUUUAUGCAUUGUCAUUUGGAAAGGCACGCAACCUGGGGCAUGGAUACAGUUCUCAUUGUAAGGAAUGGGCAAUCGGAGGAUCAGAAAAUUCGAACACCUCCUGCCAACAUGCCAUCUUGUUCUUAAGCCAUUUGUAUUCUUAGAAUGUAUAUUUGUUCUUUCUCAUUCAUAUUUUAAUUUUUUGGAAAUCAUUCAUUUAUUGUUUGAUGACUUAAAUAAUCAAAGUAAUAUGUGAAGGACUGCUUGGCGGCACAAUGCUCGCUGGGACAGGUAACACGCUCGGCGUCAGCGCUGCUAGGAAUUUGACAUUACACAUAUUAUGAUGAGAUUUUUAUCGUGACAGAAAA